GGGGGAGGGCAGGAAUCAUCUCAGCCACAACAACAACAGCAUAGACAACAAAGGUCACAACAGCAACAAGAAUCCCAACUUCCUCUGCAGCCCGAAACACCGCAAAAAUCACAGACACAACAGGAAAAGCAACAGCAACAACCAGAAAAGAAAGAACAGAAACAGCAACAACAACUGACGAUCUCAAGACAAUCACCAAAUUCGCGGAGCUCACAAUGCCCCACCUCGGCCAAUAGUAAAAAUCCAAAUAUCCAGGAUCAAAUUGAGCUACUUCAAAAGCAAUUACAAUUACUGUACCAACAGCAAGCCUCAAAUGAUAAACCUACCCCAGGUAAGGAAUGGACCACAGUAGAACCCAAAAAAAGGCCCCGAGAAAGCCCAGAAACACGAAAAAAACCGCUAUCAAUGUUCAUUGUAGAGCUAAAAGCAAACCCUAACAACAAGGAAAUAUACGAUAUCAAAUAUCUCUUCACCACAAAGAUUGUAUUUGAACCCCCACGCCCAAAACGCGAAAUCCCGCAAUGCGCUAACUGUCAACAGUAUGGACACACAAAAGCAUACUGCCGUAGAAGACCGGUAUGUAUUAAAUGCGCUGGCCCCCACUUGUCUGCAGAUUGCUCGCGCAAGACAAAAUCCAACGAUGUUAAAUGUGCUCUGUGA